AUGACAGGGCAGGGUGUUGCUUCCGUGCUAGCCGUUGCAUUGUUCAUCGGUGCCUUCGCGUCCAUCCCUACAGCAGUGCGAUCCAUCGGCGUGUGCAACGGCAUGAAGGGGAACAACCUGCCGUCGCCGGCCGAAGUGGUGCAGCUCUACCAGUCCAACGGCAUCGCCGCGAUGCGCAUCUACUCCCCGGUCGUCGGCGCCGCAACCCUGCGUGCCCUCGCCGGCACCGGCAUCGACGUCGUCCUCGACGAGCCCGGCCUCGACCGACUCCUCACUCUCGACGCCGCGUCAGCCUGGGUUCAGGCCAACAUUACGCCGUACCGGGGCGUCAACAUCAAGUACAUCGCCGUCGGCAACGAGGUGUCCGUCAACACCACGAAAAUCCUCCCGGCCAUGGAGAACCUCCACAAGGCGCUGUCCACGGCCGGCUUUGACAAAAUCAAGGUGUCCACGGCCGUCAAAAUGGAUGUGCUCGGCACCUCCUCGCCGCCCUCCGGCGGCAAGUUCAGAGACCCCGCCGUCAUGGGCCCCAUCGCGAAGUUCUUGGCGAGCAACGGCUCGCCGCUGCUGGCCAACGUCUACCCCUACUUCGCCUACACCAGCAAUAUCGACCUCAACUUCGCGCUCUUCCAGCCAACCUCGGCGACGUUCCAGGACAGCGGACAUACUUACACCAACCUGUUCGACGCCAUGGUCGACGCCAUCUACGCGGCGCUGGACAAGGCCGGGGCGCCGGCGGUGCCCGUCGUCGUCUCCGAGAGCGGGUGGCCAUCGGCCGGCGGCGAGUUCGCGAGCGUAUCCAACGCGCAAAAGUACAACCAGGGACUGAUCGACCACGUCGGCAAGGGCACGCCCAGGAGGCCAGGCGCCGUCGAGGCGUACAUAUUCGCCAUGUUCAACGAGAACCAGAAGGAGGGGAAGGAGACGGAGAGGCACUUUGGGCUGUUCAACCCGGACAAGUCGCCGGCGUACACUAUUAAGUUCUGA